AUGGCCUUGGAGGAAUUUAUAAUAGACUUGUGCGAGGAGUCUGUAAAUAGUGCGCUGCUUACUUUCUGGCUCUUCCAAACAUACCUACAUGACCUGUCCGGCGAUCCGAAUUCGAACUCGUUCAAGACGUGUAGACGGCUGUAUAAUAAGGUCCAGCGAAUUGUCUUUGGAUCCGCAGAGCCGCAACGUACGGAGAAGAUCAAGGAGAAUGUUCUGCCUGUCAUGCUAUUGUCGAGCUUAGUGCUCACGAGCGUCGCCGCACCUUUUCUACCGCGACAUGCCGGACCCCUUGCCUUAGCUCAAGCUCGCAAGCCAAGACCCGUGGAGGAUAUAAUAUCGGAUAAUGUGCAGACACAGAAGCUUGGAAGGAGUCAUACGGUUGCUGGCUCGGGGCGGCCAAGGAGGCAGAGAACUCAACCAGGGCAUUCGGAUUCAGAAGACCAAAAGCCACCGAAGUCUCCGCUACCUCGAUUAAAGGAGCCCCAGUCUCCGAAAGACCUGAGACGGAAGGUUAUCAGGACCGUUAGCAGACCUGCAUCUUCACAACACCGGCCGUCACUGCUCACCACAAUGACCAACGAGGGCCGACUAAGCUCUUCUUCGCUCCCAGAUUUCAGGAGUGCGGGAGUCUCUCCUAUCCCAACACCUCCUGCCACAGCUGGACUAGUCCCGAGACCAGACCACGUGCAUCGACGACACUCGCAUAUUGCUCGACCCCUUACUCCAACGGCUUUACCGCAAGCUCAGAAGGUGCGGCUUUUGAGAUCGAACUACUUCCGCAGCGAGACCCAGUUUCUUAGUGCUCUGGAGGACAUCUCGAAUCGUCUGGUCGUUGUGCCAAAGCCUGCACGUUUGAGUGCGUUAAGAGCAGAAUUGGCCCUCAUUGCGCAAGACUUGCCCGCCGAAGUCGAUAUACCUGUAAUAUGCCCUGCAGCGCUGGAGGAUGGGGCCGCGGCCCGAAGCCGGCACCACCGGAUAGUUCGCUUGAAUCCAGCUGAGGCUACGAGUUUGAACAGUGCUGAGCGAGUUCCGUAUUUGUUGAUGGUUGAGGUUCUUCGAGAAGAUUUCGACUUCGACCCAGAAACUGCAUCUAACCAGCAACUCCUUGGCAAGCUCAUGCUUGAAAAGGGAACGACGAAACGCCGGUUGUUUGACCUCACAGAUGCUUCACGAUACACACUGCAAGAAAAAUCACCCGCACCGGGCGCAGACAGCGUCUUCGAACCUGCUACAGGAGAUCUUGGUAGUACUGAACUCAUAAAAGACCCAGUUGAGGAAGAGAUAUCACUAGGGCUAGCUCGAGUAGCGAUGACCAGCAGCAGUCUCGUCAAUAAGAUACCAGCGCCCAGGUCGUCUAGUGGAGCCAACACAAUGUCCUCAAUGGCUACUAUAUCUACUCCAAGGACAUCGGACAUGGACAUGAGCAGAACGAAUAGCCCGGGACCCCAGGGACUUCGCAAGAUGACACUCGGCAUGAGUAACAGGCCCCAGGGCGCUGACCAGCCGGACUUUUCGGCAUUAGCGACGCACAUGCGAACAGCAGCCCAGAUGCUAGCUCAGCUCGAGUCUAGUGGUUCCAAACGGCCGAAGACAGAAGUUGCUGCAAUCAAGGCUAAGAUUAUUGCAAGCAUGCAGAGUCUUGAGGAGCAGAACUUCUACGUUGAUGAUACAAGCAGUCCGACCUUCGACAGCAUCAUGGCUAGCGCAAAUCCCACGGCUGUCACGGCUGAACCUGAAGAGCUCGAAGAUGGUAUGGAGACAGCGCCCGACCCCGGAUCAAGCUCUGGAGCUGGUGCUGCCCGAAUGGAGAAUGAUCUUAAGACGGGUGGCAUGCAAAGGAAGGGGGACCGUGACGACCCUAGUGCAGCGACGUUUGGUGAAGAAUGGUCAGCCAAGAAAGAGCGGAUAAGGAGGUCGUCACCGUAUGGCUGGAUGAAGAGCUGGGAUCUCAUCAGUGUCAUUGUCAAGACGGGCGCAGACCUGCGACAAGAAGCAUUCGCAUGCCAACUCAUCCAAGUCUGCUCUAAGAUAUGGCAAGACUCUAACAUCCCCGUCUGGGUCAAACGCAUGCGUAUCCUCGUCACAGGCGAAUCAUCCGGUCUCAUCGAAACCAUCACCAACGGCGUCUCCCUCCACUCCCUAAAACGCAGCUUAACCCUCGCCAGCAUCGCCGCAGGUACCAACCCUCGAAAACGCAUCGCCACCCUCCGCGACCACUUCGUCAAGACAUUCGGCGACGUGGAAGGCGAAGGCUACGCCGCCGGUGUUGAUGCUUUCGCCCGCUCCCUCGCCGCAUACAGCAUAAUCUGCUACGUCCUGCAGCUCAAGGACCGCCACAAUGGCAACAUCCUCAUCGACAACGUUGGCCACAUCAUCCACAUCGACUUCGGCUUCAUGCUGUCGAACUCCCCUGGCAGCAUGGGCUUCGAAGCCGCCCCUUUCAAGCUCACGCAGGAGUAUGUCGACGUGCUGGGCGGUGUGGGUGCGCCUGCGUUCGAAGACUUCAAGACACUGUGCAAGCGCGCGUUUCAGGCGCUGCGGAAAGAUGCUGAGAGGCUAGUCAUGCUGGUUGAUAUGAUGGGGAGGCAGAGCAAGAUGCCGUGUUUUGCGGCGGGCGUGACGCAGGCGAGUAAUGCGUUGAGGGCGCGGAUGAUGCUGCAUCUCAGUAAGGAGGAGGCCGAGGGGUUUGUGGAUGAGCUGGUCGCGAAGAGUGUGGGGAGCUAUUAUACGAGGCUGUACGACACGUUCCAAUACCGUACGCAGGGCAUCUACUGAGGACUGAGGCUUUUGGGAGAGAUCUGGUAAGGGUAGAUUCGAGAACAAGAGGCUCAGCAUAGGCGUUGUCAUGAGGUUCACGAACUUGCAUUCAAGGCGCGAUUUAGGGGUAGCAUGUUGCGGUAUAUACAUAUGCAAUAGAAGAAUAUAUUCUUUUGCCGUGGAACACGCCCAC